CGUAAGCUGUGUUAUGUUCGACUACACACCAUUCGAAUUACAAUACAUAACUACGCGGACUUAUGGUCAACCUAUACGUAUUCAAAUUUAAACUGGAUUAUAUAUAAUGUUAUUUGUUCAAUUAAAUUAUCUUUAAUAUAUUUCAUUUGUCAACAUACUAGUAACGUUCAGAUUUGAAAAGUGUCACUUUGUGUAUAAUAAACUAUAAAUAAUGUUACACUUUACGAUAUAGGAAAUCGAAAGUACGACUGAACACAAUUCAAAUGGCUGAAUCAUCUACGCUUUUGAUAAACAAGGGAUCUGAUUUAGAACAUAACACGUGUUGUUACGUGUGUGAAGAAAACGGUUCUCGAACAGACGCUGAGUACUUCUGUGAACAAUGUACCAAAUAUUAUUGUGAAACAUGCAACGGUCAACACAGCCAAACAUUCAAGAUGCAUAUGACCGUGAGAAGUGACGUGAGAACAAGCUGGGGCGGAAAAUCACAAUCCAUCAUAAAGCCGAUAUUUCAGUGUAUGGAUCAUUUCAAUGAAAAGAUAGAAUUGUUUUGCAAGGACCACGACCAACUUUUAUGUCUGGUUUGCGAUUUAAAUCAUCACAGAAAAUGCCGCGUGACUCGUAUAGCCGAUAAAAUAAAAGACGGAGAGGUGAUAUCAGAUUGUCAGCAAAUGAUUUGCAACAUUAAAACACACCAAGAACAAUUGCAAAAGCGGAAAGAAGAACGACUAAAAGAUAUACAGCAUUUACGUGCUUCGGGUGAAGAACAGCAUAAAAGCAUUGAACUUUUUCGGAAAGAAAUAAAUGAAUCGAUAGAUUUACUUGAAAAACGUGCUCAAAUUGAGUUGCUUGAACAGUUGGCAAGUUUACAAACUGAAUUUGAAACAGAUAUUAAGCAGUGUUCUUCAAUUAGCGAAAAUCUUCAAAGUCUUUCGGAUAUUAUUCAAAACCUCGGUGAAAGCGCUGCCGAAUCAUAUAUUGCGCAUAGAAAAUAUAUAGAACUGACACGAAAAGCUAUAUCAUUAAACGGUAGAAAUACUAGACAAGGCAGUGUUCAAUUUGAACCACACACAGUUAUCAAUCACUACGUGUCAUCCAUGUUACAGUUAGGAUAUGUAACUUCUGAAAAAGUGACAAAUUCAAACGAAUGUCUAAAAGUGCAAUGGGGAUUCACAUACCACGAAGUACGUUUAGACGUUGAAAAGCAAUCGUGUUGCAUGACAGGAAUAUGUGAGUUACCUUCUGGCGUGUUUGUUAUUUUAGACUCUGCAAACAAAACCGUGAAGCUGCUUGAUGCACACUAUAAAGUGGUUACUCAUCUUUUACUGUCAUCAUCCCCAGAAUCAGUGUGUAAAGUAGAUGCUCGUGAGGUUGCGGUUUCGAUAAAAACUAAAAAUGUUUACAAGCUAUAUUUUUUACGUGUAGAUGAAAACAAGCUUAUAAAGACAAAAUCAUUUUAUUUUAAUCAUUCGUGUAUAUCAAUAACUUACUGUUUGGCGAGCGUGUAUGUGACCACCGGUGAAGAAUUGUAUAUGUACGCUUUAGAUGGUCGUCAGAUUAAGAAAAUAUACGAGGAUACAUCCAGCCGCUCUACUUCCGUUCAUGCAGUUGGCAGUUGUGCAGCCAGCACCGACGGUAACAAGAUCUACGUUUUCAACGAGGUAUCAGAGUCCCUCCUCACUCUUUCGCUAAAUGGCGACAUUCUGGCUGUACUAAAAUACGAAACUUUAAAACUUUACUCUCAAUGUAAAAGUCCAAGGGUUUCUGUUGCAUUAACAGGCCAUGUAUUUAUAUGUUGCGCUAACCAACAGGACAUUGUCCAAGUCAACACAGACGGGACACUGAUAUUGGCAAGACUUAAGGAUUAUGCAGUGGAAUCGCCUUCAUGUGUUUGUUACAGCGAACGGGCGUCAGCAGUCCUUGUGGGAACAACAAAUGCAAUGGUUGUUAUAGACAAGCAGUAAAUGUAAACGUGCAGCACUUUGGUAAACGUAUUAUUUGUGUCGUGUAAUGCACGUGCACUAUUAAUAUCUUGCCGAAGUAUGAUUUGUAAGCGCUCGAAAACGACCGUACUGUUAUUUGACCGUUUCAAGGAGAUGACAAUCGAUUAUUUUCCUUUACUUAGCAACCAUGCUUUAAUUGCGUGUAUAUGCAUGUCUCUUGUACUAGUGUUGAUAGUGCCGCUUAUGAUGUUUAUUGUGUGAAUUACAUACAGUAUGUAUGUACACAACCGACAACAAACACAGAAAGAUUUUAUAGUGAGAGUCGAUGAUAAUCGUGAAUAGGUGCACCAGUGAUGACCAGCCAUUUAAUAAGAGACACUGCCCUAUGAUGUAUUAUAUAAUGUACCUUUUCAGGGCUUUAUCUCAGAUAUGAUACAAGAUUUCAACAUGAAACUUUAUUAGUGUAUAAAUUAAUGAGUACAAGUGCAAUGUAAAAUAGCCAUAGCCCUACCCAUAUUUAAAUAAGAGUUAUUGACCCGUGUUGUUCGUGUAGGGUGUAACUAUUCAAGGCUAUAUCUCACUAUAAAGUAUUCCAACAUGAAACUUCAUGGGUUAAAAGAUAUCAAUAAGAAGUGUCAUGCAAAAAAACCCAUAAAACUUCACUUUCUUGGAAAAGAGUGAUUGCUUUUUGUUUCCCUUAGGUCUGCACACAACUAUAAACAAAAUGUAUUUUGCGGUGGACAUUAAUUUAACGAAUUUGCUUGUCAUUCUUAUUACUACUUCUACUUCCAUAAGAAAGACGCCGUGGCGUAGUGAAAAUGAUUUCCGCUCACCGACCGGAUGGUUACAGAUUCGAUCUUUAGAUCUCCCUAAUAAACACCAAGUACUGGUUCUACAUAGAAAACGAACUUGAGAGCAUUUCAAAAUAUGUUAUGAAUUCGGUCAAAUCGAACUUAAAUAAAUAGGUUUAAACUAAAACUAAACUAUAACUAUAUUUCUGUUACUUCUACUUCUUCUACGUUCUGUGAACGUACUUCAUCGAUUAUCGUAGUCAUUGAAAAAUUUAACAUAUGUACACAGGAACCGUUCAUAACAAUCUAAAAGACGAGAAACUUACAAAAACAAAGCCGAUUUUUUUUUAAUAAUUAAGUAAGAAGUAUGUUAAAACUUAAAUAAGUAAAUAAAUAAAUGUAAUUUGUGUGUUAUUUGAUGUUCAUUUUUUCAUUUUGUUUAAGUAUGCAAUAGAGUUUUAACAAAUAAUUGGCUUUGACAUGUCUAUUAAAAUGAUACAUGUAUGGAAUGGUUUGUGAUUGGGUUUUAUUUAAUAUCGCAUUGUUUGGGUUUAUGAUACGAUAUUUUUAAUUUAUUAAAGUUGUAAAACCUUAGCGAAACGUGGUUUGACAGUCAUUUAACAAAGUAUCCAAUUUUAAUAUCUUAAUCACUACACAUUACUUAUAACACCUAAAUAAUUAUUAUCUAUAAAUAAGAGCUAUGCAGUGGGCACACUCUUAUAAUCCAUUUGCAUAAAAAAGGUACAGAAAAUGAAGGAGAUAACUAUAUAAGGAUUACUCUAGUAAGAUGCUUCUAAAAAAUAUUUACUACCACGAUUGUUUAUCAGGGCAUUGACGAAUUGUUCAGUGAAACCACUUUUAUUUCGUAUGCGGAUUUCGGAUUGAAGAAAGGAUAUUCAAUUGUUGAUGUUAUUUAUAAAUUUAUGUCAAUUGUACAAAAUGAUUUAAAUAAAAAAAGUUUUUAUAUUAUUUACGUUGAUAUACUUAAAUGUGUUGAAAGUAUAUCACUCAAAGCAAUAUGAUUGAAAAUGUUUAGGUCUGAUAUAAAAAGUAACUUGCUAAGAAUAGUGAAGGAUGUGUAUUCGAAUGUUAAUUCAAGUGUUAAAUUAUGUUUCUAUUACUCAGACUAUUUAAGUUUAAGUUUAUCGGCUGCACUGAGGCAAAGGGAGGUAGUGCCGCCGAAUCUGAUUCUUUAUUUGUAGAAGACCUUAAAGGCUUGAACGUUACCUGCAAGAUAAAAUUCACUCUGGUUCAAAUAAAGAUGACAUUUUG